AUGAGGAGCCUCUGCUUUCUGCUCCUGGCCACCUUCAUCCUCUUCGCUCAGUUUGCCUCAGGUGAAGUGCAAGGACUGCGGAGCCUUUGGAGUGAGCAGCCUCAGGUGCCCCAUGAAGCGCUGGCACAGGGCCCGAGUCCCCCAGCCCCUGGGCUCCACACGCUGGAAAGAGAACCUAGAGGCACGGAAGCUGCGGACCCCGCGGACCUCGAGCACGGCCGCGAGGGAGGAGGGUCAAAGGCCAAGGAAACGGUCACCUUUGGGGACGUGGCGCUCGACUUCACCCAGGAAGAGUGGGCCCUGCUGGACACAUCCCAGAAAAAGCUGUUCAGAGAUGUGAUGCUGGAAAACAUCCACCAUCUGGUCUCCGUAGGGUAUCAGAUCUCCAAAUCGGAUGUGAUUCUCCAGCUGGAGCAAGGGAAAGAGCUGUGGAGGGAAGGAGAAGGACGUCCCCAAGGCCGGGGUCCAGGUAGUGAAAGUCCCCUUAGACAACAAGAAAUGAUAUUCAUGCAACAAAUCACCAUGAGGAGCAUAUCCCCUACCACGUCAAUGGUUUCUCACACCCAAGUGGACCCCGUUGACUCUACUGAUUUGAGUGAUGGAUUUACUGACAGAUCUCCUUCAAAUCAACAUUUAUCAAUUUACUUAAGAAGGAAACAUUAUGUCAGCAAACAGUCUAGAACAUCUCUUAGCGAAGGGUCACUCGGUAACGGACAUGAUCACACUCACACGAGAGGAAAAUUACGUGAAUGUCCUCUGUGUGGGAAAGUCUUUAGUAAUUGCUUUAGCCUCAGACGACACGAGAUGACUCACACUGGAGAGAAACCAUAUCAAUGUCAUCUGUGUGGAAGUGGCUUUUUGCAAAGCUCCGACCUUAGAAAGCACAAUCGAACCCACACUGGAGAGAAGCCAUACCGAUGCCAGCUGUGCGGGAAAGCCUUCGGUCAAAGCUCCUACCUGAAGCAGCAUGAGAAAACCCACUCAGGGGGAAAGCCGUACGAGUGCCGCUGCGGCAAGGCCUUCGGCCAGAGCUCGGGCCUGAGCCAGCACAGGCGGACGCACACCGGGGAGCGGCCGCACGCCUGCCCGGUGUGCGGCAAGGCCUUCGGCCAGAGCUCCGGGCUGGCCCGGGGCAUUCAGCCAAGCGCCAGGACUGAUGAGCGCGAGAAACUCAGUGGAAGAGGAAACACUAAAGGUGACAACUGUGAAAUACCAAAGCAAGCCGAGGAGCGUCGACGCGUACUUGUAAAUAAUUCAGCCUGA